GGCCACCACCGGGUUGGUGUCUUCAGACUCGAGAUGGACAUCACUGACAGGAUUAACUUGCUGCCAGAUGCAGUGCGGCGGCAAAUCCUGCAUGCCAUCUGCGGGACAACAGGACACCAACCUGAACAUGACGAUCCCAAUACCAAGGACACCGCCACACAUAUCAACAGCUAUGGGCCUAGUAAUGCAUCAAGUCGUGCGGACGCUCCGAGCCCAGCUCGUCUUGACAUUGCCUGCGAAAUUAAGCUAGUGGGGGGCGCAUGUAUCAUCGACAACUUUAUUUCAACGGAAGAAGUAACGGCUGCACGCGAAUGCGCUCGCCAAGCCCUCAAAGAGGGUCAACACCAGGCGGCUAUUGGGGGCGCUGUGCCUCAGCCAGGAGAGGGGCGGCAGGUGGAUGAGAAGGCCCGCGGAGACGUGGUCGUGUGGCUCAAUCCGGAACGUGAGGCAGCGGCGGGGCGGGGCCCUAUGGCGGCGCUGCUGGGGCGGUUGGAGGCUGUACGGCAGCACCUGGAACGGCAGGGUUGGGAUGUGGUGGGUCGCCCCCGCUUCCAACUGGCCUGCUACCCGGGGGCCGGCGCCCGCUACGUGCGCCACGCGGACGCCUCGCCCACCUGCCCCUCGCGCCGCGUCACCGCCAUCGUGUACCUCAAUGAACCCGAUUGGCAGCCGCAGACCGACGGCGGUUGCCUGGCCCUCUACUCCGCCCCUCAUCACCACCACCACCCCCAUCCCAACCACCCCAACCACCCCUCCCUGCGCGGUGCCGGCCUGGCUGCCGGCGAGCCCGCGCUGCUGGUGGCUCCGGUGGGCGGGCGGCUGCUGCUGUUCGAGUCGCACCUGCAGCACGAGGUGAUGCCGGCGUAUAGGCACAGGUACGCAGUCACCGCCUGGUUCCACUGCCGCAACCCGCACGCCCCCACACCACCCGCGUCCGGAGACACCCCCGGCAUCAGCAACAGCAGCAACGGCAACAUGAAUGGCAGCAGCAACGGCAUCAGCACCAACCACCCCUCUCCCCCAGC